UGUUUGUCCUGAAACAAAAGCUCAUUUUCCUGCUUUAAAAUCCCAAAAAAAUAGUUAUUUGAAAUUCAAAAAACAAACUGUACAUCCUACAGACUGGCUCUGACUUAGUUGAGAUUCGGACUAAAAAACGAAAGAAAUGUCACAAAACAUUGACGAACUCGGAUAUCGUAAUGAAAAUUUUGACGAUUAUGAAUCGCUUGAUGGCUUUGAAGAGAGUGAUUUUACUAGUCGACCGACUAGUGCAACAAGCAGCAUUUUCAAUCAGGCCGUUGAUGAGACACAAGUACAAAUCGCAGCUGAAAACUCAGAUGAAAACAGCACUGAACCGUUGGGAACUGCAGGAAAGCGCAACCCAGUAAAGGUGAUGAAGUUUGUGGUGUACCUUGUGAUUCUGGUGGCUGUGGGGACCCUCUGCAUGUUCUCGGCCUUCAUGUCCAUCGGGACUCUGAUGCACUCCAAGGACAUCCCGGCGACCACGUACAAACUCAUGAAACAAAUUGGACCCCACACGAGACCUGGCAUCAUUUUCAUGACCAGGGGAAUUAAUCUGAUCUCGUGUCGAGUUUUAAACUGGACCACAUCUGAUAUAAAUGCACAGUACAAGAGCAAUAAAGCGUGCAACGUCAAGAGCUUCACUCUUCGUUUCUACGAUCUAAUUGAACCGGCGCUUGAGUCGCGAUUGCACGCCAUGUUGCGGACAGUGCGCGACAGCCACGGCGAGGUGACCCUGGUUCUGCUAAGCGGUCCCUCGGACUGGAGUAGCAAGCAGACAGUGUUCGCUCAUGCGACUGUGCCUUCGAACCAACUGGGCGCAUGGAGUAUUAUUCACCCUGACUACGAAGAAAUGCACGACAGGUUUGAGGUUGCUAAGUUCAGCGACCCUCAUCCCAAAUGGCAGCUGGCUCAGGAACUGCUGGAUGGCAUGUACUCCUUGAAUCUGGUGUCUCAUAGCUUUCGCACACUAUUUUUAGUGAACAAAAACAUGUUCAUGAAUUUCGGACAAGUGGACGCCAUACGCUUCGAAAUGGAGAAUUCUCUGAUGACAAUGAACAAGACAGACCUGGACCAGCAGCUCCUUAGAAAACAUCCAGGCACCGAUUUGUCUCAAGUGAAGCACCUGGAGACACUCUAUCAAUGGAAGGACGACUUCUUCAUGCAAGGGGACUCUCUGUGGGCAGUUUCUGCUUGGGCAAUUGUGACGGUGUUCGCCAGUGCUCUACUCAUGAUAGAAAGGGGGUACUAUAACCUAGACAAGGCAUGGGAUCAAGCCAAACCCAAGAUGGCAAAAACAACACCACCCGAAGAUAAAGAAGUUCUUGUCGGAUCAGAACCAAAAUUAAACAAAGACAGUAAAAAUUUGUAA